AUGGUCCUCUCCGAAGGCCAAAUCGGCGGCAUCAUUGUCGGCACCGCCGUCGUCGUGACGAUCUUCAUCGUCUGGAUCCAGGCGGCGAGCCACCGCGCCAUCAGCCGCAGGCAUGAGGACGGCGGCGGUGCCGGCACCAUCCCGCUGAGGACCCUCCGCCAUCCGCCUCCCAGCUACAACGCGGGCCCGCCCCCGGCGUACCAGCCGGUUGAGCAACCGCCGCCUGCGGCAGAUUGA